AUGUCAGGAAGACUCUUAAGAGACAGGUCUGCGGCCAAACCACAAGUUAAUACCGAUGUGAUGAAUCGAGCACUCAUCGAUGAUUACAUGAACAGUAACAACUCGAAUUUCCAACAGCAGCAGCAGCAACAGCAACAACCCAAACUCUCCAACAACUUUCACAAUGGCUCCUCGAUGGCAAUGAUGAAUGACCAGGUAGUGAUAGCUCGGCCAAUCAAUGAAAAUAACCAGUUUGAAGCAUUUCAACAGGACCAGCAAAAACUCGCGUACCAAAGACAGAAAGGGACCCUUGUGCCUUUCAAUUAUAACGGUGUUCCGGGAGUCGGGGUCAACUCCAUCGAUAUCAUUCCCCGGAUUCAUAUGGCUUUAGAAUGUGAAAUUCUUCAAGAAGUCAGAUGGGCGCUCACUGAGUUGGCGAUUAUUUCCAGCCACGAGCCGCUGUUAAUCAAUUUGAAGAAUGAUCCUCAGUUAUUGGAAAAAUUGGUCGGUUAUUACUGCGGAUGUCCUUUCAUUAAUGAGAAACUAGAUGGUAAAACGGGGUACCCAUAUUUGUUGCAGAAUGUUGAUAAGAAAAUUGGACUUGAGAUGAUCGAGAACUCUGUGGAUGCUGCCUUGGUUCUUCGAAACUUGAGUCAGGAUGGAUACAACGCGUAUAUUAUUUCGUUAAACCCAAUAUUAAAACAGGCAGCCGUUAAGUUAUUGAACUGCGAGAUCGUGAAGAAUGCCUUACCAAUUGGUGACAGUUAUAAUUCUGCAAUAAAGAUUCUUCAGUAUACAAUAGAUUUGAUGGAAUCAAUUUCGUCUUAUAUUUCGCCAGCAAAGAAAAAUGAUGAAUUAUUUUUGUCGUUGAUGAACUUGAUUUCCCAAACUAUUGACAGAAGCUUCAAGAUCUCGAUUUUGAGAUCCUUAUCGAGAUUAAUGGUGCGUUCUAAGCUAUCGACAAAAGAUGAACAAUUUGCUGCAGAUAACGUGGACUCAGGGUUGUUAGAUUUUGUAUGUUCGUGUUUAAUCAUGGACACUGACCCAGAAAUUAUUGUGACAGGGCUUGAUUUCCUCUAUCAGUAUAUUUUACCUGGAGGUGUUAGAAUCACCAACUUGUUGAAAACCUUAUCAAGAACUAAUUUAUUGAUUACUGUUUUGCCAAGAUUAUUGACACACGGAAUGCUGUUAGAAAAUGUUUCGGUGAACCCAACGGCCACCGCCGAGCCUUUGAGAUUAAUCAGAAGGGUUAAAGUUCCACCACCAGAAGUUGCUAAGCUGUUACCUACAGAUUUAUUCCAAGAAAUUAAUAAAUUGGAUGAGCCACAAAGGGCCACUAUAUGGAUGAGAUGUUGUUUCAAACCAAGUGAGACCAGUGAUGUCACCCAAAUUUCUCUUUGGAAAUCCUAUGAGGGCCAAUUCCAAAAGGAAAAUAAAAAAUUAUUACCUGCCGUUGACUUUAUCAAGAAUGUGACUAAUGCGUUUGCUAAUUCUGCGGCAAUGGUAAUCACGAACUCAGAAACUGGACAGCGGAAGUUCAUCAUCAAGGGUAUUGAACCAAGAGAAGAACCUGUUUCUCCGUAUAUUGGUAAUGUGGAGGCCGCUAACCCAAAGAAUAAAAAACCAUCGGACAAUUUGACCGAGGGUCAGUCUGUUGCCCAGCAGAAACCGGUGAAGUUUUGGAAUAGCUCUGGCAAUGAUGCCAAGAGCUUAGUUCCUUCUGAAAUCAGUAUUAAUGCCGCCACUCUAAUUAACGGACUUGUAGUCCAUGAAAAGGGGAAAAGUUUGGUGAAGUCUAUGGAAAGCGAUUUACUUGACAUUGUCCUCAGAGUUCCUAAAUUGUAUGAUCAAUUGGGUGACACUCUUUGCAGUAUUCAACAGUAA